AUGGGGACGUACAGCGCGGUGUCGCGUCUGUCUGGGAACCUGUGGAUGGCCUCCCAGUCGGCAGUGUUGGGUGGCACGUGGCUCCCGCUGCACGCAGAAGGGCCAGCACCAGGCACAUCGGCUGGCAUGAUUCGCACAGACAAGGACGAGUUCUUCAUUGAACCUCUGGAGAAGGGGGCCCAGGAGGAGGAGGAGGGAGAAGGCAGAACGCAUGUGGUCUAUCGCAGAGCAGCUGCCAAGAAGCAGCUUCCUAUUGAGAACGUGGACACCCUGCAUAAAGCGGCUAACCUCACUAAUUUGGAUAGUCUCGACAGUGCAUUGAGCUUUAUUGAAGACCAGGUGCAUAGAUCGAGGCAGCGCUAUCGAAGGCAUGCGACGGAAGAUGAUUACAACAUUGAAGUCCUUCUGGGGGUUGAUGACUCAGUUGUUCAAUUCCAUGGGAAAGAGCAUGUUCAGAAGUACCUGCUGACCCUGAUGAAUAUUGUUAAUGAAAUUUAUCAUGAUGAGUCCCUGGGUGCUCACAUUAACGUUGUCUUGGUGAGGAUAAUCCUGCUGAGCUACGGGAAGUCUAUGAGUCUGAUAGAGAUUGGGAACCCUUCACAAAGUCUUGAAAAUGUGUGUCGCUGGGCCUACUUGCAACAGAAACCUGACACUGGGCAUGCGGAGUAUCAUGACCAUGCUAUCUUUCUCACAAGGCAGGAUUUUGGUCCAUCUGGCAUGCAAGGCUACGCUCCAGUCACUGGAAUGUGUCAUCCUGUUCGAAGCUGCACUCUCAACCACGAAGAUGGUUUUUCAUCUGCGUUUGUGGUGGCUCAUGAAACCGGACACGUUUUAGGCAUGGAGCACGAUGGCCAAGGGAACAGAUGUGGGGACGAAGUCCGCCUGGGGAGCAUCAUGGCCCCGCUCGUGCAAGCCGCGUUUCAUCGCUUCCACUGGUCUCGUUGCAGCCAGCAAGAGCUGAAUCGGUACCUCCAUUCCUAUGAUUGUCUGCGGGAUGAUCCCUUUGAACAUGACUGGCCUUCCCUGCCACAGCUGCCAGGAAUUCACUACUCCAUGAACGAGCAGUGCCGUUUUGAUUUUGGUUUGGGCUACAUGAUGUGCACAGCCUUCCGCACGUUUGAUCCCUGCAAGCAGCUGUGGUGUAGCCACCCCGAGAACCCCUACUUCUGCAAAACAAAGAAAGGGCCUCCGCUGGACGGGACCAUGUGUGCACCAGGAAAGCAUUGCUUCAAAGGUCACUGCAUCUGGUUAACGCCAGACAUCCUGAAGCAGGACGGACACUGGGGGGCAUGGAGUAAGUUUGGCUCUUGCUCCCGCACCUGUGGCACGGGGGUGAAGUACAGGACGCGGCAGUGUGACAAUCCGCAUCCCGCCAACGGGGGCCGCACGUGCGUGGGGCCGAGCUAUGAGUUCCAGCUGUGCAACAGUCAGGACUGUCCCAAGGACUUUGAAGAUUUCCGAGAGGAGCAGUGCCGGCAGUGGGAUCCUUACUUUGAGUACCAGAACAUGAAACACCACUGGCUCCCCUAUGAACAUGUCGAUGCUAAGGAAAGGUGCCACCUGUACUGCGAAUCAAAGGAAACGGGGGACGUGGUGUACAUGAAGAGGAUGGUGCACGAUGGCACCCGCUGCUCCUACAAAGACGCCUACAGCAUCUGUGUGAGGGGAGACUGCUUGAAAGUUGGGUGCGACAGGGUCAUAGGUUCGACGAAGCAGGAAGAUAAGUGUGGUGUUUGUGGAGGAGAUAAUUCCCACUGCAAAGUGGUGAAAGGAACAUUUUCAAGAGUUCCAAAGAAACAAGGGCACAUUAAGAUGUUUGAAAUCCCUGUUGGUGCGAGACAUUUGCUUAUACAGGAAACAGAUGCCACCAGUCAUAAUCUCGCAAUUAAAAAUCGUGAAACAGGGAAAUUAAUUCUAAGUGAAGACAACUAUGUGCCAGACUCUAAACUAUUUAUUGACAUGGGUGUGGAGUGGGAAUAUCGGAAUGACGAUGACAGAGAAACCGUGCAGACCAUGGGGCCGUUGCGUAACGGAAUAGUUAUCCUGGUGAUUCCGCAUGGUAGUGCCAAGAUAUCUUUGACUUACAAGUACAUGAUUCAUGAAGAUUCCUUGAAUGUAGAUAACAAUAAUGUUUUGGAAGAGGACUCUGUGUCAUAUGAAUGGGCUUUGAAGAAGUGGUCCCAAUGUUCAAAACCUUGUGGAGGAGGCUACCAGUUCACAAAAUACGGCUGCCGGAGGAAGACAGACCACAAGAUGGUUCAUCGGAGCUACUGCGAGUUGAUCCAAAAGCCUAAGCCCAUUCGCAGGGUGUGCAACCUCCAGGAGUGCUCCCAGCCCAUAUGGGUUACAGGAGAAUGGGAGCCUUGCAGCAAAAGUUGUGGGAAAACAGGAUACCAAGUACGAUCUGUCCGAUGCAUCCAACCCCUGCACGAUAAUACAAAUCGGUCUGUUCAUACCAAGUACUGCAACAACAACCGUCCAGAAGGCAGGAGGCCUUGCAACCGGGAGCUUUGCCCAGCGCAGUGGAGAACAGGACCCUGGUCACAGUGCUCUGUCAGCUGUGGCAACGGCACGCAGGAUCGGCCGGUUCUGUGCCGGACCAGGGACAAUGCCAUUGGCCUUUGUAAAGAAAAUAAACCAGAGACCGUAAGGAUUUGCAGACUACCUCCGUGUCCAAGAAACGUUUCUGAUCCUUCAAAGAAAACCUACAUGAUACAAUGGCUGUCAAGACCUGAUCCAGACUACCCCAUCCAGAAAAUAUCUUCAAAAGAUCACUGCCAAGGAGACAAGUCCAUGUUCUGUCGCAUGGAGGUUCUCUCUCGUUACUGCUCGAUUCCCGGGUACAACAGGCUGUGCUGCAAGUCCUGUAACGCGUACAGCAACGCAACAGAGGACGACGGCGUAACUGGCUCUAAUGGAAACAGGAAUAAUGUCAUUGAGGAGGAGCUCCUGACAACCCCCAGCCCUCCCAUGGGAGUGUCCACCACGCCAUCUGCCACCAGCCCGCCUCCCGCUUCCAAAACACGUGCACCUCCUGCCAACGCGACUGAGGAGCACCCAGAAAUCAAUGCAGUGGAUGUUCCCUAUAAAAUCCAUCGGCUGGAUAAUGAAGUGUCGCAGCACAACAUCAUUCCACGGAGGAGAAUACCUUAUGAAAGGACAAGGAAUCAAAGAAUUCAGGAGCUGAUUGCUGAGAAAAGGAAAAAAGAGACUCUUAGGAAAAUAAACUAAAAUGGAAAUUAGGCACAAACAACAUUUUUCUCUUAUAGAGAUGUUACCGACGUCGUAGUAUUGCCUGUGUCGUAGAGACUAAAAACGGGGGAAAUCAAAGUGGUGCUAUGGCAGAGAUGCCAAAUUCUAAAGCCUACUACAAAUGGAAAUGAGAGAUUGGUUCACCAGUGCUACUCUGAACACGUGGAGGGCUGGGUUUGCAGGGUGCGGUCGCGUAUUAGUGCAAUAUCGUGAGAGCGUUCCACCGAAUCAAACAAGCCGUCACACCUAGGCCGGGCUAGCAGGUUUCUUGUUUAUGGGCUCUUUUAAGUCUCCUAUGCCUGUGUAAAACUGCUUGGGAAGAGCAAUGGGAGUUACACUUCGGGUGGAGGAGAGCAGUCCCAGGACACAGUAAAUCCCUUUAACACUGACGAUCAGGAGGCCAGCGAGCCUGCGAUGCUGCUGUGCAUCACGUAAAGCCGGGCACCAGCUCAGCCCCGCUUCGGGAAGGCAGGGAAGGACGUGCCGGGCAGCUCGGCUGACGCUGAGCGAGGCCUGUGCUCGCACGGCUUCCUGAUGGGGACCGCGUAAGACAAUACAUAGAAAAUUCUGUGUAAAUUAAAAACUGGCAAACAGCAGUUUACAUAUUUCCAUAAACAAUUUCAAAGGAUUCUCCGAAACUUUUGAACACUCGCAAGACAUUUAGUAGGGUAGAUCCAGCCAACUUGGACUGACAGGGUCCUGGUCUUCCUGUUUACAAUUAUCCAUAUGGUUGGUAGUCUUUAAGUUCCUGUAAUGCAACAGCCCCAGUGAUCUUUAUUGCUUGGUGCUUUUUUUUUUUUUUUAUUGGUCUGAUUUUUCUCUCUACCCCCAUACUGGUUAACUCAAAGAUGACUGGGUUCUUGUUGCCUUUUCUUUGGUGCUUUUUUUAAGAAAACAUUGGGGUGUUUUUCCCAUAGGAUGAGGUUAUUUUGGAGGAAACAAUUUUGUAUUCUCUUCCUUUCCUUAGGACAGCUUUAAUGGUGCAGAAGUGAACAACUGCUGUGCCCUUACCUACACACAUGCACCCACACACACGUGCUCGCAGAACCAGGUCUGCUUUAGAUGUGUAACCUGACAACCCUUUGAGUACUUCCUUUCCCCUCAGGGUCAUCGUGGUUCUCGUAGGUCAUUUUGAAUUCCUGGCUGGAGGUCAGAUGAAUUCAGCUUGGCUCUAGCCCCUCGGAGGCGGGGAGCGUGCACUGGUUCCUGCUGUGGGUAGCAUCUGAGCAGUUUGUCUCCUGUCUCCUGGCUUGGACUCUUCCAUUUGUUUCCUCUUUGCUGGAAAACAUCCUGCAGAGACCAGGGCUUCCCUGAAAUCCUCCUUUUACUGCUAGGUAGGUCUGAUGGCUCCUAGUUCAGCUUUUCCAGUCUGAGCGUAAGAUCUCAUCCUCCAGCCUGAGCUGGUCUCGGUUUGGGUCAGCACCAGUGAUAAGCCUGUAUACACAGUCACAUAAUUACUGGAAAUGUGCUGGGCUUCCAGCAAUGUGCAAGCUCUUCUGUGGCUCCUGCAACCCCGACUUCUGCCCUCGGCCACUGUGGCUGAAUGAGCUGCCCGGUCUCCUCUUUGGAAGAAGCGAGUCCUGCAGGAGCAGCAGCCUUGGACUGUUCUGGCCCGAACUGUGGCCAGAAGUCAUCGAAGGACAAGACCUGCUAUAAGAGAAAUACUUUAUGGAGAUACUAGCCAAAGCAGAGAAGGGAUGUUUUCAGCUGGUGUGAUGGCAUCAAGCAUCACUUCUUGCAGAGGACCGGGGUGAUAUGCUUGGGUGGGUGUUCAGGACCAGCCCAGACGGUACAGGGGUGAGAGUUCUACUGGAGACCAUGAAGACCGGGAAGCAUAAUGGGCCUAGCAAAAGUCCAGGGUUUGAAGCUAAAGCUGCACAGUUUGGCACCACCGAGCAGUGGUUGGCUGGGGCAGGGGUCUCACCUCUGGCUUUAACUUGAGAGACACUACGCGUUUUCCUGCAGUCGAAGGUUGCUUAUCUUUAGUUGCCCGUGCGGUAGCCUUCGCUUGCCCCAGCCCUGCUCCCUGGCCUGCCUGCCAUUGCCACGAUGCAGGGACGAGCCCGGUGCUGGCCCCAGGAGCCUUGUGCCUACAGACAGGACAAGUUUUCGUAAUACCAUGGGGUCAGGUCACAUCUGUGCAGAACAGAGCAAUGUAGUGACGAGCAGGGAAGGGAAAAAACCCCACCACGCUAUUUAUAAGCAAGGAAGAUGUGUCUAAAUCCUUCCAGCUGCUGUGCCGUGGGAGACACAAGCUGUAGCUGGGCGCCCAGCCUGUAGACACUGAGUAUUCCUUGCCUUCCACAUUCCCUUUAUACGGAUGGGAUUAGUGUGAAACUCCUCUCUUCCCCUUCAAGUUAUUAUCUUACUUUUAGCUCUGUGGACAAUAAAAAUAAACACAACCCCCAGCUUUUUCAUAGCCUAGAAUCACAUUCAAACAUACGAUAAACUUAGGCCCUCACAAACCCAAGGGUAGGGAGGGGUCGGGGCUUGAAGUCACGCAAGUGGGGAGGUAGGGGUUUGCUGCCUGGGUGGUACCAGUCUUGCUCUCCAGGACUUUGUGGAGACCCGUUUCUCUGACUGCCAGAAGCCUGAGAUAACCCAUCUAAUAGCUUCUGGCUUUCCUUAGCAUCAGGACUAGGCUUAGCCAGCCUGGCAAUGUGAAGAGAUGCCACAGGAGGAAGCGCCCACAACUCAUGUGCUGUCGUACAAAUAAAUAGCCUCUUCUGGCCAAAAGACUUCUGGGCUGUGUCCCAGUAGCAAGUGGGGCAGGAAUUGAUUUUGGUGAGUGAGUCAGUUCGCAAUCACACAAACCAAACGCAUUUUUCCAGAUAAGGUGGAAACUUCUGCUGCAUCUUGGAGCAGCCUCGCAGGAGGCUGGUGUGGUGCUACGCUAGGUCUGGCAUUCGUUAGGACCUGCUGCAAUGCCUGCUGGCAUCUGCAUUUAGGAAGGGCUUGCUCCCUUCUCAGUCUCACCUUUUGGGUGAUUCAAUUUGCUUGCUUUCUCGCUGAUUCAGAAAUACUGAAUAUUUUUCUAGCUGUUAUGUGGGGAACACUGAAAUUGUAUUUGAAGGAGCAACUUCAGUCUAGAUUGCUCAGGACAGUGAGACACCGAUGGAUACAGACUGGUCCAUCUCCUUGUGGAGCAGAGCCACCUUCUCCUUACAGCUGCCUUCUCUUUCCUGCCCUCUUACUGUACAAGGGGGAGGAGGGGGUCUCUUCAGACCAGGAGAGCUGGCGUGAGCUUUUGAGAAGGUAUUUCCUUCAGCAGUUCCCCAUGAUGGUGGUUUCUUAAGACCGGUUACCUCACUUCCACUGAAAAAACACAGAGCAGAGCUCUACAGAUAGAGAAAAAGUAGCCCAAGGCGAUGGGGGGGGGUUGGUCCCAGCUGAUCUUUCCUUGUCACACGGGAGAAGUGUUGGUCUUUCUUUGGUUGGUCGAUCUUGGAAUCCUGUUUCCUCUUUUCUACAGUGCUGUAAUUGGGCAAGAGCAGCAUCGUAGCGGGUCUUCUGUAACCAUUUCGCUGUUUCCCAGGUCCUGCAUUCUGAGACCUAAUGAGCAGAGAAUGGUAUUUCAAUGUAACCCAAUCCCCAGAAACUAAAGCAGAUUUAUAAGUAAAUGUGUUCCUGCCGAGACCGUCUCGGGGACCCGAGUGCUAAAGCAAUGUGCUCCCAUUAAGCGAUGCAUUUUGUGAUCUAACCAUGCAAGUACACAGCUUUCUGAAUUGUCAUUUCUCUGUUGGUCCAAACUUGAAAUCCAAGUGACAGCCCCUCAUGGAAAAAAAAAAAUCCCAAACCAGUUCCGGUUCCUUUG